UAACAAGAAUGCAUCAAUUUGAGGGUUGAAAUUAAAAUUGUUUUCCUAACUGUAGAAAUGUUUUUUAAAGCAUGGGGUUUAUUUUGAGCAUAUUGAAACCAUCUCAGGAAUUGGAUGGAACUGAUAUUCAGAAAAAUCUGAAAAUUUAAUAUAGGCACAUGCAACUUUGUCAAGCUAUUUCGUGACUAUGUGCUUUAUCUGUCAAAGCAAUCUGACUCAGAGUACACAUAGAAUUUCCUAGAAUAGGAGUAACUUGACUGACGUGUCCUUUAUUUUAAGAUGUUAUUUUUACUGAAUCAGUUGUUUCAUAAUCCAGUUAUCAAUAUUCUUGAAACAAAGGCAGUUACCACCAAGUUGCUAAGUGACUAUAAGCUUGCAUAAGGGGUAAUUAGGACUGUAAAGAAAAGGAGUAGACUGCUCACUUCUGAUGUUUCCAGUAUAAAUCUAAGAAUUCUUGUAUAACUUUUCAAGUUCAUUCUUUGACACUGAUGUGGCUGCGAUUUGUACAGAAUUUAGUUUUAUCUUGCUGGAUAGCGAGUACCAAAGGAUAUGUUACAAGAACUGUCAAAUCAUAAUGUAGUUAAUUGUAGGAUUGCCUUUCCACAAGGUGUAUUACUUCCUUAUUACCCUAAAUGUUGGCUAGUGCUUAGUUUCAUUUUUUAAAGCAAGUGGAAGCAGAAUCUUUGAGGUACAGAUGUCUGGAAGUGUCAGGGACUGGUGAUGCCAUACUGUGCGAGGUACAAUGUACUCAGUGAAAUGUGCAGCCUGCAUCAUGAGGGUGCAGCUGUGUAAGUCCUCAGCUUGCACCUGCUCUCUGGUCAUAUCUUUUUAAGCAUAGAAUCAUCAGGUGAGUGUGGCUCAGAACCUCUGGGGCACAUGUUCAUAGAGUUGGUAUUUUAGCUUUUGGUAGUCAUUGUAUUGAAAUGGAAUCUGGAUUGAGGGAACUAACCAGCAUAAAUUAAUAUGUGCCACAAAGAAAAUCAUUCACUGGAAGUGAUGAUGGCUACAGAACAUCCAAAAUAUGAUUAAGCAAGGUGUCAAGAUACCAGUUCUGGAUAUUUGAAAUGCCAUGAGGAUCUGCAAGAGUUUCUUCACCAGUAUAAUACAGUAUGAAAAGAGGGAACAGUAGAAGCAGUAGCAGUAAUAAAUGAGAUUGCAUUCCUUUCAGUGUUGACAGUAAUUAAUUGAACAAGCAAACCUGAGGCAAGUAAAAGGAGGCUGAUGUACUAAACUGAUGUUUAUCAAUAGAUGCAAACCAUGUGUUGGUAAGGCUUAGAAUCUGGACGGGGUCAUCAUAUUUGAGUGGGAAAAGGUGCUUCUUACAGACAUCUCUAGAGAAUUGGGUGUACUUUGAAAGGAAAUGCAGGGUGAUGUCAUGUGCUAGCCCUUUUCAUAUGUGCACCUUUGGGAUUGUUUUGUUGCUCUGAAGCACAGAGAAUGUUCCAAAAUGACUUUGUUGUCUUCCUCCUCUUUUGGGUUGUACCAGUAAAUGCUUGAUGUGCAAUUGAUUACAUUUGUGUAAUCUAUAAAAUCUCAAUCUGUGGGUUAGCUUUGUCAUAAUGCGGUAAUAAAAUGUAAUGGUUUUCUGCUUAUGCAUUUCUGUGUUUUUUUAAAUUCUACAGGGUCAUUCAUAUGAUAAUCAGUCUUGUUUGUAUUACAUAUUCUGUAGAAUCUCUGUGGGUAGCAUUUGUAUAACCUUUCAAGAUGCAGCUGCUGCUUAUGUUAUUGAAUCCUUUUCAUUAUGCAUUCAUUACAGAAGUAUAAAUAAAAAUAGAUUUAAUAACAAUGGCAAGAGAAAUCUACUGCAGUCUGGGAUAUACAGAUGCAAUUUGUAUAGUCAUGCUUCAUUUUAUGUUCAGUUCUAAAGUUCAUAGGCAUUAAUACACCAAGAAUCUGCUGUAGAGUUUCUUAAAUUUAAGGCUGGCCUUCAUAGGAUGAAAGAAUGAGUUGGUGGAGUCUGGGAUUCCUAUUAAAGCUAACUGAUUAGUAUAUUAUAUUGGUAAGGGAAAGCCCUGAAAGAGAUAUUAAUUUGAGAGCGAUAGUAGGACAAACACUAUAAGAUUCUGAUUUGAAAAUAAUAUGUUAAAAAUCUUAAAUACUUAGGGUAUAAGGAUUUCUUGCUUGUCCAUGGAAAAUCUUAAAAAUAGAAGAGCUACCCCUCCUGCGAAACACUGCCUAUAAUACUAUACAUUUUAUAAUUUCUCAAGAUACAGCCCCUUCUGAGACUCCUCGACACAGAAGUUGGUCUGAACUGUGUGUGUGUAAGGUCUGAUUCCACCUGUGAAUGAAAGCCAUGGCAUGGGACAGAGUGAAAGCCAAGGCAAUGGGAGGAGGCACCUGACAGCAGUACCUGAUUUAUGCCAUAGAGUGACGAACAAGAAACCAGCUCAAGCAUCUAUUACGAAGGUGAAGCAAUUUGAAGGCUCCACGUCAUUUGUCAGGAGGACGCAGUGGAUGCUCGAGCAGCUUCGCCAGGUCAACGGUAUCGACCCUAACCGGGAUUCCCCAGAAUUUGAUUUACUAUUUGAAAAUGCAUUUGACCAAUGGGUAGCAAACACAGCUUCAGAAAAAUGCACAUUCUUUCAGGUUCUACAUCACACUUGUCAGCGAUACCUUACAGACAAGAAGCCAGAAUUUAUCAACUGCCAGUCUAAAAUUAUGGGAGGAAACAGCAUACUCCAUUCAGCAGCAGACAGUGUGACAAGUGCAGUACAGAAGGCAAGUCAGGCCUUAAAUGAGCGUGGUGAAAGGCUAGGUCGUGCAGAAGAAAAAACAGAGGAGCUGAAAAACAGUGCUCAGCAGUUCGCAGAAACUGCACAUAAGCUUGCCAUGAAGCACAAAUGCUGAGAUACUGCCCAAAGUGAAAUCUUCUCAAGAGAAGCUGAAGAGGCUACAAUCAGCAACUUUUACAGGAGAUUCAGUCUUCUGUGUGCUUUUUCCUUCUCGUUCAGUGGAGAUACAUUCUUUCAGUUUUUGUGCAGGAAAACGUGUUGCAUUUCUACUUUUCUGACUUACUUUUGUUCCUCUUUUUUAAUAUUGCUACACAGUCCUGCGGUACUUUCUACCUGUAUUUCAGUUGUGACAGGAGUGAAAGCAGACAUUGAAAAAGGACCAAAUGACAAGCUGAUCAAGAUUAAAAUUGUAAUAUUCUUCCGUGGUUAUACAAAAAAAAAGAUUGAACUGAUUGUGGACAUGUGUGUGGAAAUAAAAUCCAAAGAAGGGGUAUAAUUUUCUUCAUUUAAUGUAGCAUCAGCAGAAUGUGAAUGAAUGUUAGAAUUAAACAUCUGGGGUUGUAGCUAUAGUGGAGGACAAACUGCUUUGCCCUGGCAAGCAGAAAAAAUUGUUUCUUCUAACUGAUGUAGGAAGCGUUGCAUGUGCACCAGCAUUCAGAAGUGCAUAUCUGAAUUUCAUUCAUAUCAGCAUUUUACAUGUUCCUGUUUUCACAUUCACACUGAUUAUUUGAAUAGUAUGCUGAAACAUAGAGAAUGUAUGCUUGACGUUUCAAAAUUGAGGAAAAAAGUAAUUUUUACAUCUAUACGCACAUAGCUGUGUCUCAAACACAAUCUACAAUUUAGCAAUCUUGAUAUAAAAUAGCAUUUCUUUUUACCUGUGAUUGUGUGGCUAAAGGCCCAUGAAAAUGAGAACGAAAAGGCCUGAGAGGAUGAGCGUGUACUAUUUUCAAGACAUCUGUUUUUCAUAAAUUCUACAGUUAGAGUUUUUUGGAACAUUUCAGAAACUUUUCUGAUUUUAAUGACUUUUGUGUUAGCAAGUUGUCUGAUUUUUAAUAUAGAGGCUUUCACAAAAGUAUGUCUUGGUACACUAGAAUCACCUUCUAGUUUGAGUCUCAGCUUUCAAUACGUUAUCACUGGAAGGGUGACUCUACUUCAUCUGUAUUCAGUUUAUGCAAUAUCUGCAGCACUGUAUUACUUUUACAAAAAUAAGUAGGUUACCUUUCUCCUUCACAUCUGUUUUCUUAACAUUUUUAAGAUGGUCUAAUAUGCUUCAAGAAUGAAGAGGAAAAUAAAAAAGAGAAAAAUAUGUUGCUUUUUUUCUUUUUUUAUACCAGUAAGCUAGAAAAGAAAUCUUUGCAGAAGGUACAGCCUUCAUCUUCUGAAAAUGCCUGCUCUUCAUUUUUGCUCUCGUCUUACCAGAGAAAAGCUGGCAUUAUGUGAAUGUACUGUAUUCAUUGUAGAAUAUGAUUUUUGCAUUAUUAAUGACACAACAGUCUAAAAUCCUCAGAGCAGUGCUUGUAAGAGACAUAAAAGAUACUGUAGUAAUUGAGAAUAUUUUACUUAUUGCAAGCUGAAAUAACUGAAAAUCUCAUGGAAAUGCCCAUUUUGUAAAAAGAUGCUUGCCUUUUGGAAAGUAUUCUCAUUUGAACUAAGGACACUGUCUAGUUAGCUGAUUGCAUUCAAAUUUUACAUCUGUUUUGUUUGAGGGUUGUUUUUUUUUCCUGUUAUUUAAACAGUUUUGUAUGAAGCUUUUUAUUUAAUUUCACACUGGGGGUUGAGAGAAUGGGUCAUUUGUGUAGUACCAUGUGAUCAUUUAGCUCUAUUUAGCACCAGCUCCAAUAGUUACCAAAUCUAGCACCUACUGAAGUGCAAUUUGGCCACUUCUGUUGUAAAUCAGAACAGGUUCCUUAACAACACAAGUUCUGAACACUAUGUUGAGCUAUGUGUAAGUAAUGCUUGCCCUGGAAAUGUCUGAAUGCUAUUGUAUUGACUGAGUGUUUCUGCAAUGAACCAGGAAAAAAGUGUCUGUUUUUUUUAAAAUAAAUUAAACUCCUGCUAGAUACAAAAUGUUAGGCUAUUUUUUUUAAAAGAUGGGUUACAAAUCAGUCAGGGAGUACAUUUCUGACCACAUAGCUAUCUUCUUGACAUAUUUUCCACUCUUUUAAAACUAUAUUCUGAUGCUAACCUCACAAGUCUUUCUCCUGAGAGAAAGAAGUAGAUUCUGAACUGCUGCAAUCUAGCCUUGCAAAUAAUUAGAAGAAAUGUCUAAAACCCAGGCCAGAUAAACCUGAAGAUAAUUAGUUGUCUAAAUUUAGACAAAACGGCAUAUAUUUUCAAGUGUUUACAUAAACAUCAGCUGGACAGAACAGGAUCACAAUUGCACUGCUAAGUUCCAGACCUCUUGUGAGUUGAACUGUACUAAAACAUUGCUUUAGUCCCACCUGAGUUUUUCAGCAUUUUGGGUUGUUUUAUAUCCUCCAGUUAAGUGUAUCAUUUUUAUCAUAACUCAGGACUUUAAUCCAACCAUCAAAAGCCAUUUACUGUGGGAACUUUAAGUAAUAUAAGUCUUCUGAAUGAAGGAAAAGUGGUUUGUCUGUUUACUUUGUUCUUGCUGUUCAUUAACGACGAGGUUUUGUAGUUUUUAGAAAAAAAAAUCAAGGUGUAUAAAUGUUUAUCCAAAGGUAAAUCUUAGAGCUUUGCAGUUUCCUUCUGGAACUUAGCUUGUAGUGUAUACAACCUAGUAUUGUUAGAUAGUCAUGUACAUAACAUAUAUUAUGAUUCAGGUUAAUGUUUCAUAUGAAAGAAUGUAUUUGUAAAUUGUAACAAUAUUAAUAGUUUCUUUAUCUUUUUAAAGUUCUGAACAGAAUAAAAAUAAUGUAUUGUUAGACUUGACUGCUGUACUGCAAACUCUGUCUUAAAAGGCUACUUUUGUGUCUAGCAAAAGUUGUGUAUUAUGUGAAAUAUUAGCAAAAAUGUGUGCUCUUAAAACUGAUCUAAAAGGUAGGUAGGUUUUGCUAUGGUUUGCCAGAAUUGUACUACUUGCUGAUAUCUAUUGUAACCAAUUCCUUGGAAGUUCUCAAAGAUGUAGAAAUAAUUUGUGCCAUUUUGGGGAGGAAAAAAAAAGUGGGACCUGCUCUCUUGACUCACUACUGGAAAACCUGAUUUUUGUCAUUAAAUACUAUACUGUGAUGAAAA